AGCCGAGCUUAUAGACGCUUAUUUUCAUGCGAGAAGAAAAUUUGUAAAUAACACAGUGAAUGCGAGAAUCAGCGCUGAAAUUCUGUUUAUUCCAUGUGUUUUGCUAUUAUGUCAUUUAAUUUUGUUGUUCAUUUGUGUUUAUAAAAUUGCUGUUCACGGUAACGGAUUCAUCUGAUGACGAGCAUUUUGCUUCUCCUAGUGUGAUUAAUGCAAUUAUUAACACAAAAGAGUUUGGAAAACAUCCAAUUACACUAAAAAGGAAUGAAUUUGGUGAAUUUCAUCAUUUAUAUUAUAUAAUGAUUUAAGAAAAUAUCCAGCUAAAUUUCAACAAUAUACCCGAAUGAAAAUUGAAACAUUUGAUUACAUUCUGGACAAGAUAGGUGUGAAACUAAACAAAAACUGGAAAAAUUUUAUUAAGGUGCCAAUAACUUCUUGCGAAAGAUUGAUAGUGACUCUGAGGUAAAAAACACAACUGCACUCUAAAAAGUAAACAUCAACAAUGCAAAAAAGCGCGCAAAACGCUUUGAAACUGUUUUCUCGCACUCAUCGGUUUUGCUCUCUGGUCUUGUCGGCGUUCACUGUGUUAUACACAAGCUUAUUUGUAUUGACUUGUAUGUAAUCAGUUUUAUCGCACUGACAAUCUCGGCUCGGCUUUCACCGCUCACUCUGGUCGCACCCUAAAGCAAAUUAUAGUUAAUUUAAAAUAUAUUUUGUGGAACCUGAGUAUAGUAAAUUUUUUUGAAAACAAAUUAAACUUAAAUUGUAAGGCACUUAAAUAAGAAUUCGUAUUAAAAAUUUUUGUUUUCUAGAUAAAUAUUCACACUUGCUUUGAGUUUGCCUUAUCUUUAUAAACAACCUUCACCGGAAUUUGUUCUAUUCAACCAAGUCUAUAAGUUCACUGCCUGUUAUCGGAAAUGCAGCUUAUCGGUCAAACAAAAUCGAAGAUAACAGCAUCCAGCAUUGAUAGUUUAAAUGGCAACGAACUAUAUUGAAACUAGUAAAGCAACUACAGCCUCAAAACUUGAUUGCGACCUUCAAUUCUCCUAAAUAUAAGUGCUCCGAAAUAUCCAGAGACAUUAGAAAGCAGCCACCACGAGUGUGAGAUACUCAUUUAAUUGAAGACGUUAUUUUCUAGCUUUUAAAUAUGUAUACAAACUUUGGAAAAACUAUAUUUCUUUUCCUGUUCAUCAAACAUAUUCGUGCUGAGUCCUUCAAGGAGUGCAAACAUGCGAUCGAUGGUACUUUUGUGGCUAUUGAAAAUAAUUGUUUAGCCUACAUUUACUGCAUGGGUGAUAACUCAUUCACUGACUUAUGCCCGGCUGGCACUUAUUUCGACCAACAACAACAGCAAUGUACCGACGAUACUUCCUUCAAGUGUUCAAACUAUACAGCAGCUAUCAUUGGCGUAGUGGAGCAACAGAGCGAAUCUGCACAGCAGCAGUCUACGAUAUUAGCAACGCUACAGCACAACACGGCAAAUACGCUUAGUAGUGUCCUAACAACAGAAGCAACCGAUGCAUUAAGCAGUGAGACGCGGCCAAACAUCAUGCCGCAGCGGCCACACUGCAAGCCCACUGUAGAUGAGUACUUCCCCCACCGACUACGUUGUGAAUACUAUUAUAGAUGUGCGCGUGGUUAUUUGAGUAUUUUGCGCUGCAACUUUGGGUAUGGCUGGGACUUUUUGCGAGAGAAGUGCUUGCCUCUAAAGGAGGCACAGUGCUAUAGGGUCGCUGAGACGCUUGUUUUUAAGUUUUAAAUAGUUUUUUUUUGUAAAUUGUGGUUUGAGUGUUUUGCUUAAUUUUUAAAUACGCGCGUGUGUGUAUGUGUAGUUCUUUUUCAUUUUGCUCGAAAGUAUGAAAAUCAUUUCAUCAGCUCUCUUAAAUGCUCACAUAAAAAGAAAAUCGAGAAAUUGGAUGAAGUGAAAUUUUUGAAUUUCACUCCCUUUUUUAACAAUUUAAUAAUAAGAAACAUUUUAUUUUGA